ACUAAUUAAACUAGUACCGCAUUAAGGAAAGUGGGGGAGUGGCAGUUUAUUUGAUUGCCCCCUGUCCUUUCCUUUGUUGGUGGGUUUUUUUCUUUCUAAAAGGCAAUACAUAUCAUAGUCCGUAGUCUCCGGCGUUCAAGGUGGUAAUGAUAAUUCCUAUGUUCUGAUAAUUGCCUCCAUCCUUUGGGUUUCUGCUCCGAAUCGAAAAUUUCAGGGUUUCUUUGUUUUUCUCCACACAGUUCAACCAAGUUUUCAAGACGAUUUCACUUUUGUACAGUCUUGGUGAAAUCGCAAUAUGUUGAAUUGAAUGCAAGAUCUCACAAGCAGCCAAAGAUGGCAUCUUUUAGGGGUCUUGUAAUCGGUUUGAGCUGUUUGGUUUGCGUUAUUCUGAUAGGAAUUGUUGUAGAGAUUUAUUAUCUGUUUUAUGUGAGGAGGAGGAGAACCAAACGCGGCGUGACCAAUCUAGAAACCAAAAUCGCCAGUGGGGUUUCUUUCCUUUUUUGCUGUAAAAUUCGCAGAACAGAGGGAGAUCAAAAGGUGAACCCAAACACCACUCAUCCAAACAAGGACUUGGAGAUGGGGAAUGAGAAGGAGGAUUCACUGCUGAAAGGGAUAGAAGAUGAAAGUGUGGAAGAAGAGCUGAUGAGGCUGCACAACCUCUGUGGUCCACCAAGAUUCCUUUUCACCAUUAAUGAAGAAACUAAUGAGGAUUUGGAAUCUCAGGAUGGGAGAUCAAGAAGCAAGAGUUUGAGUGACCUUUUUACCCCCAUGUCUUCGCCCCCAACAAAAUCUCUGCUGCAUUUAGAUUCUUACAACCCACUCUUUGAAUCAUCAACAGAUGCAGAAAUCCAUAGGCUGAGAUCAUCUCCUCCUCCCAAGCUAAAGUUCUUGAGAGAUGCAGAGGAAAAGCUGAUUCGCAGACUAAUGAUGGAAAAUGGCUGUUCUUUUCAAGAUUUCUCAUUCAAUCCACCAGCCGUGACUGGCGCUGGUGAUGAGCAUAGAGUUGGGUCUUUUGUAUCUUUUCUUGCGAAGAGCAAAGAAAGCGAGCCCAUUCAUCAACAGCUACUGCCACUUUACCAUUCUACCCCUUCAAAGGUACUUCCAUUGGCAUCUUCCCCUUGACCACAAAUCUGGCUGCCACCAAUUUCUCCUCCCCAUAGAUUAACACGGUAAAGGGAUUCUUAGAUGACUUCUUAUACUUUUUGAAUUUUUUAGAUGAUUUUACUUCUCAUUUGAUUUUAGUUCUUCUUUAUCGUUUUAAACAGAUUGAUACUGAUUGUUUGGUAAGUAUGUAUCAUGUUAGUUUCUGAAGAGAAAUUUGGUCAUAUGACCCAUAUCAGGUUUGCCAUUGUCUAAAUUUUCAACGAAAUUACUGCAAAUAGGGAUAUAAGUAAGACAUGGUCAUGUGUAGAAGUAGGAAUGUCUCUUUAUGGGCUAAAAUAAACUAUGGCUCAUCCCAUCCUUGAAAAAAGGAAUAAAAGAGGUUAAAUUUAUGAAUA